GGUGGGUGUUAUUGGCGUGGCACUGAGAAGGGGGCGGGGCUUACGAGUCGGACAGGAAAAGAAGGAAAGCGGAGACACCCGAGAAAACAAACGAUGGCUGCGAUCCGUAAGAAGCUGGUGAUUGUUGGUGAUGGAGCGUGCGGAAAGACCUGCCUUCUCAUCGUCUUCAGCAAGGACCAGUUCCCCGAGGUGUACGUGCCCACGGUGUUUGAGAACUACGUCGCAGACAUCGAGGUGGAUGGCAAGCAGGUAGAGCUGGCUUUAUGGGACACAGCCGGGCAAGAGGACUACGACAGACUCAGGCCCCUGUCAUACCCUGACACUGACGUCAUCUUAAUGUGUUUCUCCAUAGACAGCCCGGACAGUUUGGAGAAUAUACCUGAGAAGUGGACCCCAGAGGUGAAGCACUUCUGUCCGAAUGUUCCCAUCAUCCUUGUCGGCAACAAGAAGGACCUGCGCAACGACGAACACACACGCCGAGAGCUGGCCAAGAUGAAGCAGGAACCAGUGAAACCAGAGGAGGGGCGAGACAUGGCAAACCGCAUCAACGCGUUCGGCUACCUAGAGUGUUCAGCUAAGACGAAGGACGGAGUGAGGGAGGUGUUCGAGAUGGCCACCAGGGCAGCGCUGCAGGCCAAGAAACGCGGCAAGAAGAGCGCCUGCCUUCUGCUAUAGAGGGAUGGGGAGAGGAGGGAGGGAGAGAAGGGGGAAUCUAACCAGACAGAGGAGAGGUUGGGAGAGAGUUGGGGGAUCCGGAGAGGGGAUGGUUGGGUUCUGGCAACGAAGGUGCGAGAGGUGCCGGGAAGAGGGGAGGUGCAACCAGACGGGCCAUGCAUUGAAAAAGGGCAGAGGAGAGUCAGACUGGGCCAAAGCAGGAG